UCAAGAAAGUUUUAAAAAACACGAGUCUAACACAGAAAUGUUGGAAUAUAUAAAAGAAAUAAUUGAUAUCGAAAUGAAAACUGGCUGGUCAAAAAGGAAAAAUGUCUGGUUAGAGACAAUUAAAAAUUUUGAAAAUUUGUUAAAUAAAGCUGAAGAGGAAACGGAUAAAUUUAUUAAAGAAACAAUUGUAAGAGUUUAUAUUUUAUUUUAUUGGGAAAUAGGGUUGCUGUAAGAAACCACCCGUUUAAAAAGUUCUGACACCUAUAAGUUUCACGUUUUUAAAAAAUUUUUACGGUCCAGACGCUUCAUUGGGUUUCGACACACAGGGACGAUUCACAGAAAUUACAAGAAUUCACACAAAUUCACAAUCAAUUAACAA